GUCAGUUACUACGCCGUCGUCUCGCUGCCUGCAAUGCGCGAGUCCAUCCAUUUUUGCCACUGAAAAAAAGUGCUCCAAUAUUUAUGUUGUGGUUCUCAACGUAUGUGGUGUGCGGUUCGCGUUUACGUGGGUGUUGCGGAUACGAUUCGGAUACUCGUGCAUCGGAUACACGCAUCAUCGGCCCGUAGCCUCGCCGAGCCCGGUCCAAGGUGCAGUUGGGAGGUUGCGGGGCGUCGACGAGCGGGGUCGGACGGAGCGCGGCGGGUGCGCGGCGGCCGGCGGUGGGGUCUGAUGCGCGCGCAAGCGGAGGCAUGGAGGGCCAGGCCCCGAGCCCCCUGGAAGCGCGCUUCGCCCCGGGGGCCCCCUGCCCGCUGCAGCAGCACUACGCGAGGCUGCUCAUGCAGCAGCACUCGGUGCCGACCACAUCUGCCGCCGCAGUCGCAGCAGCAGCCGGAGGGGCCGCCCUAUUCCCUUACCUGAGUGCACUGAGCAACAACGCAUCCAGCCCAGGAGGGAGCCCCCUGGGUCCCCUGGGCAGCUUCCGGGCUCCGCACACGUCACCCAACAUGGCUGCCAUGCGGCAGUUCUGGCCCCCAACUCCUCCGCCCGAUAUGUCAACAUCUCCAGGCUACAGCCGCUAUGGAGGGAGCUACUACUCACUGUUCCCACCACUGGGCUCUCCACCAGACCCUUUUGGGCCCCCUGGUAGCUUGUUUCCCCGCUUGGCUCACUCUGCUUCCCAUUAUCCUUCGCUGCUGGACCGAGAUGGUGGCUUUCUCUCUCCAAGCCUGGGUUCACCUCUGUCGCACUAUGCUUCGGCGCUGUCACCUCUUGCCAGCUCUUCCCUGCUGUCACCGCCCACAUCAAGCUUGACAGGCACCGACCUGAGCCACACUGGCAAGGUGGUCGAUGAGCCGCUGACACCCACGGCACGCAGCCAUGCGGACAGUCUCCUGACCACCGUGGCUCCACUCAACUCAUCUACACAGAGUGUCCGAUCUUCGAGCAAGCCUCCAAACGCACACACGAGGGACCGCAGCUUGGAGAAGUCUCGAUCGAAAAAGUCGUCCCAGAAAAACACGAACAAAAGUGGCCCGACAGACCUGUCUGUGGGUGCUACUCCGGUAGCAAGUGGCCGAACAAAGACUGUCGAGAAGUGCUCUCAUUGCACUUGUGUGCCCCAGAGUUGUGGAACUGUGACCAGUGCGUCAUGGUCUCAGGACUUGUUGGACAGUGGUGGCACUACCACCGCAGCUGGGUUGGCCAGCUCGGGGCCAACAGAGCCGUCGACAACUGUGGGGAUGUCUUUGUGUUGCAUUCCAUCGGAUCAGGUGACAUCAACUGUCCCAUCACCAUCGGCGCAUCCGCCACCCCUGCUGUCACCAACAGGGCCUGCCGUUGUAAGCUCAUCCACUCCGGAUGUCAGUCUCACACCUCCAACUCCUGAGGCGGCGACAGACUCUCCAGCUUCCAACACACCUCCGUUGCACUCUCCCUCUCAAGCCUCUCCCAUUCGCAACCUUUCUCCAAUGGCUGAUCCUGCACCGGAACUGUCUGUGACUCCCACAAGUUUGGAAAAAGACUCCAGUGUUUUCACUCGAGGAGAUUGCAGCUCAACAACAGAUGAGUGCCGUGCUAUUGCUGCUGUGGCACCUGUGACGCCAGUCAGUUGCGUGACACCUGUGAGUUCUGUGGCCCCUGUUGUAAGUGUCGUCACGCCUGUGAAUACUGUCUCGCCAGUCAAAACUGUCGUUUCCCCCGUCAGCACUGUUGCACCUGUCAAUACCGUCACACCUGUUGUCAGUACCGUCACAUCCAUCAAUAACAUCACACCCAUCCCCACUGCUGCAACAGCUGCUGUCACCCCUGUGGGGGCGAGUUGCAUGUCCACCUCAGCAAGUGUGACUGUCACGAGCACCCCGGUCAAUCACGUCAUGCCCAUGGCUCCUGUCAACCCUGUGGUUGCCGUCAUGCCACGGUUGCCGUCGCCCAAGGAGGAAAAGGAAGAGGUGCGAUCAGAGUGUCGGUAUGCCACUGCAGUCACCAAGCGGGAGCCAGUGGAUCUGGAUCAACGUGUGACAGGCCCUGCCCUUGUGCCUCUGGGAAAGAAUGCGGUCAUGCUUUCAGUGCAGCAGACGAAAGUGGUCUCGCAGACAAGGCUUCGUGGUAACGGCAAGAGCAGCGGGCUUGCUGUGGGCAUGGCCAAGGCCUCGGCCAAAACCACAUCAGUUUUCUCAACACCUCUGGGCUCAGGUACAGGUUCACCGAAGGUGCAAGAAGUGGCUCCAGUCAACCUCAAGAUUUCCAAGUCAUGUGAGGCCGUCAUCCAGAAGCCCGACGGGGCGUCCUCGACGGGAAUCCCAACGUGCGUGGCAGUGGCAACGCGACGGCCGCAGGAGGCUGGCAGCAGCAAGAUUGUGGUGGAGGAGAAGUGCGACACCACGGUGUCGGUGGUGCCUGCGCUGAGUGUUCUCAACGCCUCCAGUCAGCCGAUCCCUGUGGGCAUCGCUGUGGCACAGCAGCGCCAAGACCACACCAUCACAUGCAGCAAGACAAGCUUGUCGUCAAGUGCAGCGGAGCAGAGUCACAUAACUGCAGUCAGCUGCUCUACGGUCAUCUUGGCUGCAGGUGGUUCAGACAGAGGGCCACGUCUCUGUGAGUCAAGGCAAGGACCAGCUGCCCACCAAGGAAUGGCCGAGACUACGACGACAUGCCUCGUCACUGCUGGCCCUGUACCAGCGCACACAACAUGGGACUCGCAUUCUGAUGCACUGGCUAUACGCCCAGCUGCGGCUACACUGCCAUGGUUGACCACACCAGCACCACCUGUGGUGACAACACCCACAAUCUGGCUGCCACAAGAGGCCACACCCCCGCCACUUGCAUCGCCUGGCGGCUUCCAGCUUGCACGGGACGCACUCACCGGGCAAUUGUACCUCGUCCCUGCGGCACCGACGAGUUGGACACUCUCUGGUGCUGCCACUGCAAGCCCUGUGCAGCAAAUCCUGACAACUCAGCAGCACACGACUUUCCAGCAGAUCAUGCCAGACCAGUGGAGAAGCGAGCUGAAACCCACUGCAACGGUUUUUGAGGCAGUGCCCCCAAAGCUUGAGAUUCUGGAGGCGGCGAAGGACCUGUCGACAGGAGCGGCAUUUGCGUAUUCUGCAAUGCCAACUGCGGUGGCGACUCCGCCGGCCCCCUCUGUGGUGUCCUACCUGUAUGACCCGUCUGCAGUGGUCCAGCAACUGACGCAAGUGGCUGGCACCACAUCGAUGGUGGCUGCCCUGGCCUCUGGAAAGGUUUCCCAGGGCACGUCUCCCCUGGUGACGACAAGCAGCCCUUCGUUGGCGCCGCAACCCUUGGUUGAGCAGGGAGUGCAAGCAUGCGAUACUGACAAUGCAACCGAGGAGAGUGAUGAUGACACUCUGCGCCCUGCACCUGUCUUGCCUGGGGUCAAGCCGGGGUCCACAGUGACUUCAGUCACAACGGCAAUCCAGGUGGAUAUGGAUUGUCCUACGGCUUCAGAUGACAAUGAGCCAGAUGAACCAAUGCCUAUUGCUGUGCAGACGACAGACUCUGCCAACCAGACAGACGACCUGCCACAGCAGACGACACAGCCACAGGUGGAGCCAGAGGAGCAGGAGCCUGGUAUUCCCACUCCGCUGUUUACACCUCCACGAACAAAAGUUCAGGACACAUCAGACAGCGAGAUAGACGACUCCAUACCAGUGCUUCUUACACAGACUUCGGGUGUCCAGGAGUUCAUCGACCACCAUGGACUUGACCUGUUGGUUGACAGCAUCGAAGAGUUUGCAGCAAACCAAGAAGCUGCAGUGGAAAGCAUGCCACGACUAGAGAAAUCUGAGACUUCUCAGGAUUCGGUUGUGGAGGCCGUGGUUUCUCCAGAGAAGGGCAGCCCACCAGCGCUCACUGCUCAGUCGCCCUCUUCUCGUCCAGAAGAAUGGUUUACCCGACGAAGCUUCAGCCCUGGGCCACCAUCCAAGACUGGGCCGCAAAGUCCACCAUCUCCGCCUUUGCUUGAGGCCAACCUUGACUCUCCAAACAAUUCUAAGAUCUCUUUAUUUGACUCACUGAAAAUUGUGACAGACUCUGCAGAUUCCUUUGAUGACAAAGAUGGGUCAGGAGAGAUGGCUCUUCAGCGAUCCACCUUUGCACAGUCAAAGACGAGCUGUGACCCUGAACGUUCAUUUGCACAGGCAAAUAUAUUCAGCACAAGAGUGAUGGAGAACACAGCCUUCCCACGAAAACUGUCAACAUCACCUUGUAAAACAGAUGUCACAAAGGACUUCUCAAGUGACCAUUCGAACUUUGUCUUCAAAGGUUCUCAACCCGUGGAGAGCGAGUAUGGUGGAUUUGAAAAAAGCUCAAAAGAUUUUUCCCAGUCGAAACCUCCAUUUCAGUGGCACGAUGUUUCGAAGGAGCCUCUGCAGGCUGGAGCUGUGACCAGUGAGGCUAGUUUAGUUGCAAGUUCGGCUACAGCGCUUGCUUCAAGUCCAUCCACAAACUUGAGGGAGGCAUUUGAUGGAUCGUGCACGGAUGGCUUGGGCCUUUUAUGUGCGCUUGCUGAACAGAGAUUCUUGGAAGAGGCAAGAAAGUCCUCUGAGGUCGCAGAGCUGCCAGUGGAAGAUGAGAAACCAGUACUGAGUCCGAUUCCUCUGACAACAGCUCCUGCAGAUGAAGGUCCGCCUUGUGAUGAUGGCGGGCAGCUAUCCGCUGCCGAAACCAUGGACCAGAUGGAACGAGAAAUGCGCAUCCAAUUGGCAGAGCUGCAGCGCAAGUAUCGCGAGAAGCAGCGGGAGCUGGCAAAACUGCAGCCUCGAAAGGACAAGGAGUGCGAUCAGGAAAAAAGUUCAGUGCACAAGAAGGCAUCAGCCAUGUCUGCAUCUCAUCAGAAGAAGCGCCGCCACUCUUCAACAGCAGCUCAACCAUUGUCACCAUUCGAUGUGUUGAAGCAGAGCGCUACUGCAAAGGAAGUUGUUGCAGACAAGAAGGCUGACACAGCUGGUUCAAACAAGGAGCUGGUGAAGUCAUCGUGUCGUGAGACAACCAGUAAAAAAGCAGCAGAAAAGGCUACAUUGUCAGCAGCUUCCAAAGAUGUUGAAGCCAAAAGACCCCAGCCGAGUGUGCCAGUUUUAACGAUCAAAAUCACCUCUGAGCCAUACCAGGCUGUGACUGAACAGGAAGCCAAAUCAUCAGAAUCAAAAGGAGCAGCUGCACCCGGCUCACCCUCAAAACAGCGACGGAAAUCUUGCCCCGAGCCAAACAAACCAUCAUAUGCAGUGUGCUCUUCAAAGCACCCAAAUGCAACAAAGGCAAAGGAGAAAGCAGAAAAACCAGUCAAAUCAACAGCAGAACCCCAGCAGCAAACGAGGAAGCAAAGCCAUAAAUCAAGUUCUAAGAACAAGGAGUCUAGCUCUGGCUCAAAACCGGAAGACGACAUUUGGUGUGUACGUCGCAGCGAACGCAUAUUCCUUUUGGAUGCUGGAGUGGUCAAAUCAUCAACACUGUCCAGCCCACCUGAACGUCAGGAAACCAGCUCCAGUGGCACGUCACAGCGCACUAAACCUGAGAAGGCGAAUGCCACUACACCCACGGCUUCCAAACCUUCUGGCAAGGCCACAACUGGCGCAGCUGCUCCCUCUUUUCCCUUGGAAUGCUCUGAACCACCGAGAACUGACCCCAAUCCCAAUGCUUCUUCCUCCUCUACUCCCACUGUGCGCCGAGUGGCCAGGCGGAAAUUGGUGUCUGUGCUCCGCAAGUGCUCUCGAGCAGUUGGGCCAACACCCAAUGACACCGACUCAGAUGACCAAGGGAGUGACUCAACUGAAAAUGUGCCCUUGAGCCGGCUCUCGGCAGCUGUGCGAAGUGGUUUGGAUCAACCGCAGCAGUGCUACCUCCUGCCCGAGGAUCUUCAUGACCUCACCCGUGUUGUAAUGCUAGAGGAUGGCCUGUUCUAUACAGGCUACAUCAAUGAAAUUCAGGCACCAGAUGUCUAUGGCAUCACACUUGACGGCGAAAGAGGCAACAGACCACACAUAUUUUCACGGGAAGAGAUCCUCAAGGAAGCGGUGCGUGAAGUCAAGCCACGCUCCCUGAAAGAACUGCCCGAGGGGCGCCGUGUCUGUGCCUACUGGAGCCAGCAGUAUCGUUGCCUCUACCCUGGUCUGGUCGCCAAAGCUACCAGUCCAAACCCUUCCCCAAGCAAUUCGCUUGUGUAUGUGGAAUUUGAUGACGGUGAUUCUGGAAAGAUUCCCUUGGAAGACGUUAGGUUGCUGCCACAGGACUUUCACCCUAUUGCUGGAGACCCACAUCCAUCUCUUGUCUUGAGCAAAAAGCGCAGCCGCAAUACAGAGAAUGGACAGGAGGCCAGCGCAUCAGAUCAGCAGCAUUCACGGAGAGUGCGAAAGAGAAAGAAAUCCAAGACCAAGAAAACACAAGGAGCAGCUUCAAGCGAUGAGUCUGACUCUGACAAUGGCGAAGUUUUUGACGUGGCUGACGGAGAAAGUGCAUCAAAGAAACGCCGGCGAGAGCACAAGCAUCACCGGCAUCACAAGCACCAUCGCUGUCAUCACCGGCACAAACACCACAAGCGACACCGGGAACAUUCCAACGAAGCUGAUGACAAGACGGACAGUAAUGGCAAAGCGACACGACGAGACAGCGCAGCUACAAACGCGUCCACGUGUUCCUCGGAGCCUUCAACCUCAGGAUCUUCCACGCACUCAUCGGUGCCCAGUGGCUCGGGAAGCAGAUCAGGAUUGAAAGUUCGGAUCCGGACUUCAUCUACAGAAAUGCAGCAGGCAGAUGCAGAGAGCAGUGAUGAUGCCUCGGAAGAUAGCAGUUCAUCGGAUGAGGCUGAGAGUGUGGCUUCUAGAAAAGGUCCCGCCAAGCGAAAAAGGCGCCUCCCCUCGGUGGAGAAAAGCAAAAUCGCGGCAUUCCUGCCGAUGCGGCAGCUGUGGCGAUGGUCGGGCAAGAGCUUCCGCCGGCCUGGGCUGAAAGGCAAGGCUAAGAAGGAGUUUUACAAGGCCAUCUGCAGGGGCAGGGAAUCCAUUCGGGUUGGUGACUGUGCGGUAUUCCUGUCGACGGGACGGCCCAACCUGCCAUACAUUGGCCGCAUCGAGACCAUGUGGGAAGGCUGGAGCGGAAACAUGGCGGUCCGCGUCAGGUGGUUCUACCACCCAGAGGAGACCAAGGGACUCGCAAAGCUCAGGCACUCCAAGGGUGCCCUGUUCAAGUCUCCACACGCGGACGUGAAUGAUGUGCAGACCAUUUCUCACAAGUGUGAGGUCCUCUCCUGGGAAGAGUACCGGACAUCCCGCGGGACGCGCAGCGAUGAAGCCACCGCUGAUGUCUACUACCUCGCUGGAUACUACGACCCCUAUGUCAACACCAUCUCAAUUGAGCCCUCAUUGGCACUGUGAUGAUUUCAGCAGGCUGCAAUCUCUACUCGGCCUAUCACAGCUGAGCACUUGUCUGAGGAAAGCCCCACGCAGGGCGUGUGCCAUUUUUUGGUUUCCCCUGCAAUGCUUUGAACAACCGGUGACCUAUUAGCAAUUGUACAGGAGCAGUGGUUGCAAAAUUUCAUAACAUAAUCGAAUGUAACCAGUAUGGUGCCAGUACUGAAUCUUCAGCUUGAGUGCUCACUUGUUAUUGGGACAUUUGAAGACCUGUAUCACAGUGUACUGGCAACUGUUGAUAUUUUAUUUGGCAUUCGCCAUAGCAAAUCACAGACCGUGUAGUUACCUGCUAAAAACACUGCGGCCGUAUUUCCUCGCUGCACAGUCAUUGUAGUGUCCUUCUUACUUUUCAGUUUGUUUAUACUAGAUGUGCAGAAUUCCACUAGUUGAUUAGGAGAAGCUCUCCUAAUGGAGACACACGUUAUGCUGGUCUGCAUCUUGAGUUGUCUUUACCCAAACCACUCUGAACCCUCACACAUGUGGCGCUGCAGCCAAACACACACACUCUCCUACAGACAAAGCAACAGCAAGCCUCUCCACAUGAACUAGUGGAAUUUGUCACAGGGUUUUUGUGGUGAAAUUCCUCAACAUCAUAAUCUGCACACCGUUCAGGUGUUUGGCACAGAGUGCCAUUAGCUGGCAAACAAUCGGUGCCUCGUGUGUGAUGUUGCAAAGGUCAUUGUCACGUGAUGGGCACCUUUGACAAAUGAGGGCAUAUCAGAAGAUGUCAGGGGCCAGUGUUGAUAGCAGGGCGGGCUGUCUUCCAAAGACGGGGAGAAUAUAAGGGGUUUGAGAGCUGUCUUUUUUUUUUUUUUUUGCUUUUACAUUGUGUUUUGUCGUCAUGUCUUGCAUCAAUUUGCAGAUUUUUUUUAUUAUUAUUAUUUGACACACCUUUUUCCUACUGUGAUGGGCUUGAAAAAGAUUUACACGAGAGGGGCACGUGCACUACUGUAGCACUGCCUCCAUUGGGUGGGGAGUGGAUGUCCAUGUGAACACAUCCAGAAUGCGAAUGUGUACAGCUGUUUGUACUAUACUCUCUCGUCUCAUGCGUGCACCAACACAACAUUGUCCCGUGUAUUUUUUCCUCCUUAUUUACCUGUUCUUUUUCUUUAACAAGACCUUGUGGCAGCCUCCAAGAAAUGGUAACUUGAAAUGCUGAUACUGCUGAGGUAAAAAGUCCUACAGAAUAGGUACCCGAUGUCUAUAUUUAUCUGACGUGGUAUCAUGAAGGCAUGCGGAAAGAAAGGCAAUGCAAGGGCUAGUUUUUGGUGGUUUAUUUACACAGCUUGGGCCACUUAAAUAAAUGUUGUGUCUGCCUUGUAAACUCGGCUCAAUUGGAGUGGUAUUCUCAGACGAUCACUUUUGGGGACACAACCGCUUUCACAAUAUCUCACUUGGCUUUGCACCGGAUGUGCUGACGUGUAAGCCCAAAGCGUCCCUGGCACUGUGUUGAGUGCGCUAUCUUCACCUGGUGCCAGGAACGUUGUCGACCAUAUACUUCGUCGAUGCGUCCAGUGCCGAAUCACACAAUAUAUUGUGAAAGUGAUGCUAUCCCUAAAAGUGAUCGCACGAGAAUACCGCCCAUGUCCUUUUCAUGAAAGCACGAAAUGUGCCAGGCAGAUCUCUUCAUUAUACAGGCAAAGGAGUACCUACUCAGAGUAGGCCCACAAUAAUAAUAACUAAUAUAUAUAUAUUAACUUAAAAAAAAGCUUUUUGAAAGUGAUGUGUAGUGACUUGAUUUCACACUCCUUGUUUCUGCUGUGCAGCCUUGUGGAGCAGUCGAGCGUUGCAUAAGAAGUAUUAUGCACACACACCUGUAAGAGGCUUGGCUUCUUAGGGGCUGUCGACUGGGCUUGUUGGUAUCCCUUUUGCCACUGCGCACCUGUUAUCGCUCAUUUCGUCAGGCACGCAGCUGUGUAACCUCUGUAGUGGCAUCCUGACACAAUGGCACGCCUCACCCCUCCGUCUCUAUGCAUUUUUCCCACCCUCACCUGUCGGAAGAAGCGCUUGAUGGGGAAGUGUCUACACACACACACCACGUCUGUGAAACUCGUUCUCCCACGUCAAAGUUCUUCGCUGUUUGUAAACAAGCCGCAUGCCCAUUGUUUGCAGUGGCACGCUGCCUGUCGUCUGCUUGUGCUACGGGUGCGAGCGCACAUAUUUUGUGUAUCGUUGUCGUGAUCGAUAAUCAUGGCUAAAGUCAUCACAUCACAGCAUACAUUUCGUGCAUUUCACCCACCUCAGAAAGCUUGCAUUUCUUUUGCUUUUUCAUUCGCGUUGCACUAUAUUUUCAAGCUGCCUCGAAAUCGGUUCUUGGGAACUGCUGCAUUGAGCUAUCAGCUGGAGCGAAAAGUGACAAGAGUUUUGGUCCUAAUGUAUGGUAUUGCUUGUCACUGCGAGAGUCUCACGACUUUGCGUUGCUCCAACGCAAGGAGAAAAGGGCACUUGGUAGUGCACACUGAUGUUUGUAGCUCCAUAUGUGUGCUGGGCGGCUGGCCACAGGUAGAGAGACGCUUUUUUAAGGAUUUGCCCAAGGUUUACACGAUGGCAAUGAUUAAUGCAUUACGGUUUCUUGCACAAGUCACUUUUGCACAACGAUGACUGCUGUUGUCUGGUGACAAACUGAAUACGAGAGGUAGCCAUCAGCUCUGAUUGCACAUUGAACAAACUACCGUGGCAGCAGCUGAUGACUGAAGCAUGUUGUUUGUCACGCGUUCUUGCACGAGGCUGGAUCUCUAUGGUAGCGAGCAUGUUUCUGUGGUGCUGAAGGUGAAAUGUUUCAUCGUGAAGCAGGCAGGGGAGAGUUGCUAGUUCAUUGGAAGUGAACACUUGUUGGCUGGCUCAAUCCUAGAACGACUUUAGCAACUUGUCAUCUUUGUGGUAUUUUUGGCAGCAUGUAUAGCUAGUGUUCACUCAAGUUUGCACUGUGUGAAGGAAAAGAUGUUUUACUCACACACACACAACACUGAAAAGCAACACAUGAAAUAAGCAGUGUUAUCCACUCAUAUAAAACAUAGAAGUAAUGGACUUUAGGUAUGGUUUUGUGAUAUAUUGAAAAAAGAAAAGAAGUUUGCCAGUCAUUGCACAAAACAUUUUUUGUGUGCUGUUCACAGGAUAAGUGUGCUCAAAGCCAAACUGGCUUUGGAUAAUCAGGGUUUCACAGUGCUUCAUAUCUCAGUAGGAUAUGUUGUCAUAGGGUUGAGUCAGCAUCACAUGCUUGUGCCAUGAAAAUGUUAGCCACUGUUGUGGCAACUGCAGGAUUAACAGGUGCAUAAACGCCCAGAUGUCGGUUAUCCUGCAAUUACGACUUGAGUGUAACAUGAACAUUUGUGGCACACUAAUCCCACAAUUUACAACCCAGCCAGCCUUUGAUCACAAGUGGUGGGUCUGAGACCUGGGCUUAAAAUUUACGGCAGCUAGUCUGAGAGAUACCGGUGCUGAAAGAUGUUUUAUUGUUUGUUGUAAAGGCCAGGCUGCCCAUACGGGUGUUGGUGGUGCACAGUUUAAUGGAAUGAGGAAGACUGCUUACAGAGGAAUGUCACUAUUGCAUGCAUGAUUAGUUGUGGCUUGAAAGCACGUUUUACUCUAGGGUCGUUGAAAAUGCAUAGAGCAGUGCAAGUGGUUUUCUUUACAAUGUAAAAAGGCCUACUCUUGAAUGAGCUGGCCUCUGCGAGGUAGAAUGGUGCAGAAUAUGUUGCUUUGUGUUCCCAAAUCGGGCUUGCACUGUAGCCACUAAACAUUACAAGAGCUGUGAAAACAAUACGAGCGCAUUGCAUUUUGAAAACUAAAGCUACAGUAUGCAUUUUUUCCUGCAUGAUAGUUGCAGUGCUCUUCAAAGCCAGGCCCUGCAUCAAUGCUAUAACCAUGACUGAACUGCAUUCCAUGAGGCUGUUUCAUGCAACAGCCACAUGUAUCAGAACUCAGCUGUGAUUAAAGCAUCGACAGUGCAUAGCAAGAGCAGGAGGCCCGUGUCAUAUUAGAAAUAUAUUGCAGGUCUAAACUCCAAAGCAUCAGUAGUGCCACAAGGGCUGACUGUGGCACUACUGCUUAUACUUUUAACAAACGCUGUACAGUGACGUGUAUAAUGUUAUCAAAUGUUUUAUCAAAUUUAAGAGUAGAUUUCGCACUAAAUGUUGCUUUGCUCAAUUAAACUUGGCAACAAAAUUUCAUUAUUGGUCCAAUAUUGUUUAAUAAAUACUUGGCAUUUUUGCUUGCAUAGCUUCUUUGUACUUUUGGUAGCCUGCAGGCAAUGAAAGCAGACCAUGCCUCUGUAGCAAGCACCUCUUCGAUGGCAAGGCGUUCACGUGACAGUUCCUUGCUCUUCAUUGAUGAACCAGGCAAACAUGUGAUGCCAAGUGUUUCACUGAACAGAGCAAAUCAAACUUUUUUGCAACAGCUGAGUAAAUGUAAAGCAUCAUUUAAGUGCAAAAUUUCCUAAAAAUUAGGAACCCAGGUCACUGUACAAUAUUCUGUAUUUUUAUUUACAAUUUUUUUAUCAUACAUCGCAUUCACGAUUGAUAUUCUUAACCCAUUCGCACUCAAGCUGCACACAAGAAUGUAACAAAAAGCUUGAGCACAGCAUUUGUGAAAUGCAUUGCCAAAUGCAGGAAGCAAUGGGGUGCUGGUAACAUGUUUUUGUAAAUGUAGGAACAAGCCCCAGCUUUUUGCGUAAAGCACAUCAGCAGGGCUAUUAUCAAACUUCUAUUACAAGCUCGUUAGAAGUCUGUCCAGCAUAGUGGAUUCAACCUCUAUGGCUACAAAGCGAUGCAAUGUGCAUGCAGUACUUGUCAGUCUAUGAACCAAGCAGGUGCUAAGUUAUAGCCAACCUGGAGAGAAUCUUCUGGAAGCAGUCUCCCUCCUUAGACAUGCGGGUCCACAAGUGCUUGUCAGCUUUAGCUGAAGUGUUGAGACGGUGCAAGAGUUUGGUGGCAGAGUUUUGACUGCAGCACGUUUGCAGCUCCGGAGAGAGUGGUUUAUUUUUGUAGGUGUGAUGGUUGCAUGGCCCGGGAAGGGGUCUUCGGUUUUUGUACAUAGGCAAGUUGUCAUCUGCUAUAAUUUCUCCAGUUGCGUUGCUUCAUAUGUGUCUCUUGCCCUGUCUGCUAGCAGGAAUGAAAACUGACUGUGAUUUCACUUGUUGAAAAAAAGUGGGAGUUGUUGAACGUCGGUGGCUAGGUUUUUCCUCUCGUCUCUUGGCAACUUCUUUCAGGAGCAACCAACUUGGCCGAUAAGAGAGCUUCUAAGUGGAAGUUAGGAAAAAUGUGCGCUACAAAGUCUGUUGUAAGUCUGUUGUGCCAUAUGUAUGUUCUGGGUACUGUUUGGGUGAAAAGAAGUGCUGCAUAGCGUUCCUUGUUGUUCUAAGUUUUCAUUUGUGCUUCGCCGGCCAAGAAUGGCCGUUGUUGUUGAAGCCGCGAGUUCUCCUUGUGCAGUUUAAAACGCAUGUGCUUGUCGUUAUUGUGUGAAUUGGUGCAAUGCUCAGUUUGCCAAGUCCUCUUUUGCUAUUGGCGGCCUGUUCUGGGGAAGUUUCGGGUUGUCGUUGUCCUUGCUUUGCUUGCAAUUUCACAAUGAUUCUCUCUUGGCUCACUAAUGACUAUUUGUAAUAGUCAGUUGCUUCAAGAUCUGUGGCAAAUGGCAAUUAUUUUAACAUUUAAUAUGUGAGAAAGUUUUUGUUCACGCCUUAGUGGCCUUCUAAAGUUGUGAGGGAAGCUUAUAAUUUCCUAACUAGUGACAAGACCUGAAUUAAACAGUUAGCUGGAAAAAGCAUGCAACACUCAGUACAGCUCCUAACAUCCACAUUUUUUAAAUAUUUUAUGAGAGGCCUCGUGACUGCGCUCAUUUCAUAUUUGGUACUUGCAACAGUCAUGCAAAUAAUUAGCGUCCUGAACUUGUUAUAUUUUUACAUGGUGCUAGUGUGCACCAUGAAGAAAGCCACCGUUUAAAAUUUAUGCCAUGGUAGUAUCGAUGAGAAGCAUUGUCACCUUCCGAAAUUAUAGUUUCACAGUGUAAACACUGCCAAAAAUUUUCUGAAUGGAGUGACUAAACGUGAACUGAACACGAAAAAUCCGGCUACACAGCAGCAUAGAGCCUUCCUCAGAGCAGUUUGGCAAUAAUUUUAUUGUACAUGUUCUGCUAUCUGUUCUGCAUUGCUCAAAGCUUUUUUUUGUUUUGGCUUUUGUUUUUGGUCAUCAACUUUGCCCAGAUCUCCGAGGGGAGAAAGUCAUUUUCCCUCAGCAUCUUGUGCUUGUGUUGGCUUUCUUUUUUUCUGCCAACUUCGUGCAUCUUUGUCUUAGCCAUACAGGACAGCUGUCUAGUUUGUACAGAGCUUGUGUUAUUUUCAGCACACGUCCAAGUGACCAUUGUGACCGACAAUGCGUUAGUUACGCACUUAAUAAAAAUGAAUCCAUGAAAAAAAAAA